AUGCGCACGCCCUUCCUGCCACCGACAAAAGUAUCGGCACCUUCCUUUCUGCAGCUCGAAGACGGGGGUGGCAUUGAACAUGAGUACCUCAACUAUAUAUUAUCUCUCAUCCCCGGCCGCAUUUCUUACCUCGACCUAUCCGUCUCGUCUCUUCUCCCUGGUCUCAGACGAGUUCCUUUGCCGCUUUCCCUCUUUGCAGCCAAGAAGCAUUCUCUCACCAUGUCUGAGCGCAAACCCUUUGCCAGCGACCCUCUUGGGGACGGCGACGCGCCGCACACCACCGCCUCGGGCGUGGACGAAAAGGCCGACGUCGCCCGCCACCAGACCACCAUGGUCGACGUCAGCGUGCACCGGCUCGCCGAGAAGCGCGGGGACGGCGCCGACGGCCUCGCGCCCAUGGACGACAUUGAGCAGGUCAUGACCAAGAUCGAGGUCCUCGGCGUCGAGGAGUGCCGCCAGAUCCUGUCCGACAUGCUCGAGUACCACAAGUACGACUACAACUUUGGCGACGACACCCGCACCCGCUUCUGGAACCUCAUCAGCGGGCCCGCCGACGGCCAGACCCCGGAUGAGUGGGAGACGGAGCUCAAGACGGAGACGGCUGUCUGCAAGUUCUUCUCCCCGUACCCCGAAGUCCGUGCCAUUACCGACGCGACCGACGACGAGGACAUGCCCUGCGAGACGCUCCGUGCCGUCUUCCUCGGCCUCGUCUGGGCCGUCAUUUCGCAAUUCACUAAUUCGCUCUUCAACUCACGCUACCCGCAAAUCGUCCUCUCCUCGGCCGUCGCCCAAAUCCUGCUCUACCCGUGCGGCAUGGUCUUGCAGUAUAUGCUUCCCGACUGGGGCUUCACCUGGCGUGGCUCCCGCGUUUCCCUAAAUCCUGGACCCUGGACCUAUAAGGAGCAGAUGCUCGCCACCAUCAUGAUCAAUGUUGGUUCUACGUCGGCAUACUGCUUCUGGAACAUUCAGACACAGACCGUCUACUAUCACGACAAGUGGCUGACGCCCGCCUAUAGCAUCAUGCUGCUCCUCGCCACCCAGAUGAUGGGCUUGGGCUUCUCUGGUCUGCUGCGUCGCUUUGUCAUUUACCCUGUGGAAGCCAUUUGGCCUAGCAUCCUACCUACCCUUGCUCUGAACCGCGCCUUACUAGUGCCUGAAAAGCGUGAGACUAUACAUGGGUGGUCUAUUACCCGAUAUAAGUUCUUCUUCAUCGUCUUUGCCGGCACGUUUGUGUAUUAUUGGCUUCCUGGCUAUCUGUUCCCUGCUCUUAGCACCUUUGCUUGGAUGACCUGGAUUGCUCCUCGCCACUUCAACCUCAACAUUAUUACUGGCUCCAUGGCUGGUUUGGGAUUCAACCCAAUACCUACCUUUGAUUGGAACUACAUGUCUGUCUACUCUCAGCCGCUGGUCUACCCCUUCUUCGUCACCCUUCAGCAGUACAUUGGCAGUAUCAUCGGAGGUCUUGCCAUUGUUGGCCUGUACUGGAGCAAUGUUCAGUGGACGGCGUACCUUCCAAUCAACGACUCGGGCAUCUUUGACAACUUGGGUCACCGCUAUAAUAUUUCCCGCGUCGUCGUCCCCGGUACCGGUACCCUUAACCAGACCGCCUACGAGGAGUACUCGCCCGCAUUCUACAGCGCCGGAAACCUGGUUGUCUACGGAGCCUUUUUCGCCUUUUAUCCACUGACCUUUGUUUUCAUCUUCCUCGAUGCCUGGCGUCCUCUUUGGCGUGCCACCAAAUCAAUGUGUACGUCUGUUGCCGAACUCACGACUCGCAUUCUCAGUGGUGUUGGCAAAUCUGUUGGUGCUCUGGCUCGCGGACGUGUUGUUGACAGUGGCCGCCAUCUGCUCAACAUCUCCCAGACUGAGUCAUCCAUCUAUGAUGGGUUCGACAACGCGCUGACAGACUUGGUCCGCAAAUACCCCGAAGUUCCCGACUGGUGGUUCUUAAUCAUUGCCCUCAUCUCCUUCAUCUUCUCCAUCAUCAUUUUGAAAGAGUGGCCCCAGCUUGAUACCCCUGUCUGGACCAUCUUCUUCGUCAUCGCUUUGAACCUUAUUUUCCUGGUCCCCAUGUCGUACCUGUACGCCAUUUCUGGUACUACGGAGGGACUCAACGUUGUCACGGAGCUUAUUGUUGGAUAUGCUCUUCCUGGCCAUCCCGAAGCCCUCAUGUUCGUCAAGGCCUUCGGUUAUAACAUCAACGGUCAAGCCGACAAUUACAUCUCUGAUCAAAAGAUGGGAUUCUACGCCAAGCUACCCCCUCGUGCCAUGUACCGCGGUCAGGUCCUCAGCUCCUUUGUCAGCAGUUUCGUCGCGUACGCUGUUGUUCAGUUCGCCGAUAACGAGAUCCCUCACAUUUGCGACCCUCACCAGGAGUCCAACUUCACCUGCGCCAAUGGUUCUCGCGUCUACUUUGCUGCCUCGGUGGUCUGGGGUGCAAUUGGUCCUGCCCGUACCUUUUCGCAGAUGUACCCCGCUCUCAAAUACUGCUUCCUGCUCGGCUUCCUUUUGGCUGUUUUCUGGUGGACCGGGAAGCGCUUCGGCAGCAACGUCCGCAACGCCGCCAAGAAGGCCCUGCCCAGUGCCAUCUACACGCCCAUCAACAUCAUCUUCUUCAAGCCCCUGGCGCUGCUCAGGGACAUCCAUCCUUCGUUGGUCAUGAACGGCUUCCUAUUCUGGGCUCCCAACAACCUUUCGUACUUUACCGGAGGUCUGUACGCGGCGGCUGCCUUCAUGUACUACCUCCGCCGGUACAAGACUGCUUGGUGGGAAAAAUACAACUAUCUUCUUUCGGCGGCUAUGACUGGUGCCGUUGCUUUCUGCGGCAUCAUCAUAUUUUUCGCUGUGCAGUACCACCCCAAGGAUAUUGACUGGUGGGGAGUCAGCAUUGUGGCCAACACCAUUGAUGGUCGUGGCCUGGACGGUGAACAGUCCUCCCUACUUAAACCGAACGGUACCUUUGGUCCAGCCAAGUGGAAUUAA